AUGAGAGAGGAAAAUGAUACAAUGGUAACCGAAUUCAUUUUGAUAGGACUCUCGGAUCACCCCAGAGCUCAGAAGGUCCUCUUCUGCCUACUUCUGGUUGUCUAUUUCAUUACCCUCUUUGGCAAUGGUCUGAUGGUGGUGGUAAUUAUUGCUGACUCACACCUCCACACUCCUAUGUACUUCUUCCUCAGCAAUCUCUCUUCAAUAGAUAUUUUCUACAUCUCCAGCAGUGUACCACAGAUUUUAGUCAAUUGCUUCAUUGCUAGAGCUACCAUUCCUGUUACAAAUUGUUUGACCCAAAUGUACUGUGGACUCUUCCUUGGGAUGACUGAGUGCUUUCUUCUGGCUGUCAUGGCAUAUGACCGUUUUGCUGCUGUGUGUCAUCCCCUUCAUUACACCUUAAUCAUGAACAGUAGGCUCUGUAUCAGUUUAGUAGCCUCAUCCUGGAUUAUUGCUUUUCUGCUGGCUGUGGUCCCUGUAUUUUUCAUACCAGUAAGCUUUUGUGGCCCUAAUAUCAUCAAUCAUUUUUCUUGUGAAGCCCAGGCAGUCCUUAAAUUGGGCUGUUCCAAUGCCCGCAUCAAUGAGAUCUUCUCAAUUGCUCGGGCUAUUCCAGUUCUUGUUGUUCCCUUUCUUUUCAUCAUGGUGACUUACAUUCGCAUUGGCCAGGCAGUGCUGAAAAUCCGAUCAGCACAAGGUCGAAGCAAAGCGUUCUCCACCUGUGGCUCCCACUUGAUUGUGGUCAGUAUAUUCUAUGGCUCAGCCAUGUCCAUGUAUCUUCAGCCACAUGGUAGACCCUCUUCUGAUCGGGACAAGCUGAUCUCUGUACUGUAUGGGGCACUGACCCCUAUGCUAAAUCCCAUGAUUUACAGUUUGAGAAACAAAGAUGUAAAGGGGGCUGUGUACAGAUUGAUUGGGAAGAAUCCACCAGAAUAA